AUGAAUGAGAUUAAACAAUUAAUUUGGAAUGGUGAGCUCAAUGUACUGGUGUCGAUCGAUCCUUCAUUUUUGAUGAAAGGAAGUCCGAGAGAAAUGGCGGUGCUACGAAUAAGAGUGCCAAGGGAAACGUAUUUAAUUAAUUAUAUGCCUUUCAUUUGGGGUAAAAUUCAAAACUUCCUUUCUUUUGACCCAUUGAACGACAAUGAGAAGUAUUUCUGGUUUGAACAUAAUGACAUGCCAAUCCCAUGGAAUUAUCCAGUUGGUGUUUUGUUUGACGGCCUAGUUGAAAGGAGCACAAAUUUUAUUACCUCAUUUGAGGACCAGGUAAAAGAUGUGAUUACCAUUUUGAGAAUUCGUUUAGUCAUGGGCGAUUCGUUACCACCAACUAUAAUUCCUAUCACAGCAAGCAAAACGCAAGCGGAGAAGUUCUGGUUCCACCAAUGGAAACAAGUUUGCUUCAUAUUAAAUGGCUCCUCAAAGGGCAUCAUGUCCUUGUCAGUGAACGAAUCUCGAAAAUUUUGGGGCAGUGUCAUUACGAGGAAUUUCCAAGAUUUUGUUGAAAUUUCUAACAAGAUUAGUUCAUCAAGACCGCGACAUAUACCGCUCAUCAUUCAAACCUUUAGAGCUUCAGGAGCUUCCGGAAUAUCACAACCAACUAUCCGUUUGACUGGAGUCAAUCCUACAUUGAAGGAUGUCGAAGGUGAUAUUUUGAACGCUGAGGAAGGAAUCAACGCCAAUAAUUUCAUGGUCAUAUGCCAGGGAAUUGAAAUUCCUUGGCAUAUAGUGCUAUGUGAUUUGUAUUAUAAAUUCCGGAGUUUUGAUGGGUUUUUGUAUAUAACUCUUGUUCCUAUAAAAGGCAGCGAUAAAGCUUCCCCCGAGCUCUAA